UUACUGUACAUUACAUAUGGUCUUGUUCUAAUAUUUAUCUGGGUUUUUUGUUAAAAGAACAACCACAAAAAAGCAUGAGAAGAAAGACUGAUCAGCCGCUAGGUUGAACUCUCGCGCCUCUGACGUGCUGUAUUGCGUCAUUCAGUAAGCGGCUGCUCGCGCAUCUCUCCACCGGAGCACCUGCUCUUUCACUGCGAACCUGCUGAAGACGGUUGAUUUUUACUCUUGAAGACCCUUUCUUUCAGCUUCAAAGCGAUAUCUAAUAUAUUGCACUUCUGCCUCUGGUAGAAGACGUUUGAAAACGGUUCGGUCCUCCGCUGCAGCAGUCGGUCUUCAUGAUGUCGUCGUAUUAUCACCCGGGGAAAGAGCUGGACAUGGCGGCGAUGACUGAACCGCUCUGCUUGGAAAGAGAUGUUUGCAGAGUGAUAGAAUUGCUGGACAGGCUUCAAAGAAGCGGUGAACUUCCUCCUCCCAAACUCCAGGCUCUACAGAGAGUUUUACAGAGCAAGUUCUGUGCUGCUAUCCGAGAGGUCUAUGAGCAGCUUUAUGAUACAUUGGACAUUGUAGGUGGGCCAGAGAUCCGAGCACAAGCCACUGCAAAGGCCACGGUAGCAGCGUUCGCAGCCAGUGAAGGCCAUGCACACCCAAGAGUGGUCGAACUCCCUAAAACAGACGAGGGGCUUGGGUUCAACAUCAUGGGUGGAAAAGAGCAAAACUCUCCCAUCUACAUCUCCAGGGUCAUCCCGGGGGGUGUUGCUGACCGACAGGGUGGUCUGAAGAGAGGAGAUCAGCUGCUCUCUGUUAAUGGAGUGAGUGUGGAGGGAGAACAUCAUGAGAAAGCUGUAGAGCUGCUAAAGGCAGCGCAGGGUUCAGUGAAGCUGGUGGUGCGUUACACCCCUAAAGUCCUAGAAGAGAUGGAAGCCAGAUUUGAGAAGAUGAGAAGUGCCAGGAGACGCCAGCAACAUACCAGCUACUCGUCUUUGGAGUCCAGGGGGUAACCAGUCUCAACCUCUGACUGACCUGCUGAUCCAUUCUCCCACCCUCUCUGCUCCUAUAGGAUGACAGAAGACCCAGAGGAGAUCAGUGUUGACUACCCUUAGCUAUUUAUAUGUUAGUGGAACGAUCUCAAAACAUGUAGACCUCAAAUAUACUAUUUUCCCUGGCCAUGCAGAGGGAGAGACUGCAUAGUGCAUCUGGUCUGUCUUGAGUCUAAAUUUCUAUUGUGUUCUUAUGUGGACCCUGCACCCUGUGAUGUUCUCGGGGGUUAUGUGUGUCUGUUAGCACAGAAGAGAACUUCAAAAAUUGGCUGGCUAGUGCAAAUACACAGUGUGUGUACUUAUAGGACUUUGUGUCUUUUUGCCGUAGGAUUAAUGCUGAACUGAAUGGCAUGAUGGCUCCUACUUACCAUUAUUCAUUCAUUCAUUCACGUAUUGAGUCGGUGUUUCAGAAAACAUGCAUUGACAAUAGAGUUAAAGCUAUGCAUCCCAUUUCUGUAAGUAUUCUUGUAUCAUGUGUUCUGCUCUGUGUGAACUACAUCAGGAGCACACAAACACUGUUAUCGCAGAAGACACUUCCUGAAUGAACUGAUUGCUCUGUACCAAGCAUGAACAGAUUGCUCCGUACUAGGCAUGCCAUACUCAAAUAGGGUCGUCAUGACAGUGUGCUGCUAUGAGUGGCUUUGUGAUGCCAGUCAUAGUGCCUAUGUUCAAUGCUUGAAUUUUUGAGUUUAUUUAUAUAUUUAUUCAUACAUUAAAACCAACAAUGUUAUUUAAUA